UCCCUGCAACCCCUUUUCCUCUGCAAAAGCCGUUUUAAAAUUCCCUCACAUCUCUCUCUGAAGACCAAUAUACCUUUUCUUCACUUUUUAUCACAACACAAACUCCAUUAAUACCUCUCAUUCUAACUUAAAGCAUAUCAUAAUGAUCUCUUCAGUGAAGCUUACACCUUCAUCGUUCACGUCCUCUGAUAUUUUGACCCGAAAGUGUUUGGUCCCAAAGAACAAAUUUUUUUCACUGCCUACCAUUCACAAUGCGCAACAAAGCUUAAAUCCCUUGGUUUCUUCCCAAAAGCCCCUUUACAUUUCUUCCACUGAGAACUUCUCAUUGUUGACCAAAACCCAGAAGCGUUCGGUGACUGAGUGUAAGGCCUAUGAGGCUGAUCGGUCACCGCCUUUGGAAAUCAACAUCAAGUUGCCGGACCAGCAGGCUGCUCAGAAAUUUAAGAUUGGUGUAUAUUUCGCCAUUUGGUGGGCUUUGAAUGUCGUCUUUAAUAUAUAUAACAAGAAGGUUUUGAAUGCUUUUCCCUAUCCGUGGCUCACUUCCUUGCUCUCAUUAGCCGCUGGUUCUCUAAUGAUGCUUAUCUCUUGGGCCACUAGAAUUGCCGAUGCCCCAAAAACAGAUUUAGACUUCUGGAAGACCCUUUUCCCGGUUGCUGUGGCACAUACAAUUGGGCACGUUGCGGCUACUGUUAGUAUGUCCAAAGUUGCGGUUUCGUUCACUCAUAUCAUUAAGAGUAGUGAGCCCGCGUUCAGUGUUUUGGUCUCGAGGUUUCUACUAGGCGAAAUGUUUCCCAUGCCUGUCUACUUGUCACUAGCACCAAUAAUCGGCGGUUGCGCUCUUGCUGCUGUAACCGAGCUUAAUUUCAACUUAGUUGGAUUUAUGGGGGCUAUGAUCUCGAACUUGGCAUUUGUGUUUCGAAACAUAUUCUCAAAGAAGGGGAUGAAAGGGAAAUCUGUUAGUGGCAUGAACUACUACGCUUGUCUGUCAAUGUUGUCUCUAUUGAUUCUAACACCCUUUGCCAUUGCCGUGGAGGGCCCUAAGAUGUGGGCUGCUGGUUGGCACCAAGCUCUUUCGCAGAUUGGUCCCCAUUUCGUAUGGUGGGUGGCAGCCCAGAGUAUAUUCUAUCACUUGUACAAUCAAGUUUCAUACAUGUCACUGGACCAGAUAUCUCCCUUAACUUUCAGUGUAGGAAACACAAUGAAACGAGUAUCUGUUAUAGUCUCAUCCAUUAUCAUCUUCCACACGCCUGUUCAACCCAUCAAUGCCCUUGGAGCUGCCAUUGCAAUCCUUGGCACCUUCCUAUACUCACAGGCCAAGCAGUAGGUGAAGAAUAGCAAAGAUGGCACAGCUUGUAAAAUAUACAUAAUGAAUAUGGUGUGGAGAGACAUGAUGAAUCGAUGAUGGAUGAUGGAAAUUUUGGCGGCCAUUUUUGGACUAACGAGUUGCCGUUGAAAACCAAUAAUGCCGAACUGUUGAAGAGAUUUCUGUUCUUCGGUUAAGAAACUGUAAUACUGUACUUAUUAUAAGGCUUGCUUUUAAGUAAAUUUAAAUUUUUUCAUUAUUUCUUGGUAAA